GAGGAAGGUAACAAGAAAUACAAACAAGGAGAAACUAAGGAGGCGAUAAACUUCUACACGGAAGGACUUCAAGUGAACUGCAAAGAUAAACGGCUGAACGCCAAGCUUUACAGCAACAGGGCAGCAGCUUAUUUCCAUUUGGGUAAGAAUUAUUUUUGAAACUUCUAAAAUCUUUACAUAGCCGAAAUAACGAAAUAAACAAUCUGUACCCAUUUCGAGCAGGAUUUUUUUUUUUUUUUUUUUUUUUUUUUUUAUUAAUUUUAUUGGCAUUCUACUGAGUUACAGAAGUAAUAAACGAGAAGUUACACGUACAAAAAAAAAAAAAAAAAAAAAUUGCCAAAUUAUCCACUCCUGUUGUAUUUCCUGCGCUUUGUGCAUCUUUCCUCACCUCAUUACCCAAAUAAAAUCGGCAAAUUUAUUUAUAUUUAUCCUUAAAACGAAAUCUUUGAUGUGCGUAGAAUUGCCUAACAUGAACUCCCAGUGUUAGUUGCUCGUGACCCUACUCAUGCAGUUUCCAAUUUUAAAAUAUCCAUAGCCAAGGGGCAAGUAGCAAAAACCGUGUGUGGCGCUGGGCAAUUUAGUACUAUCAACUAAGUAGAUAACGUAAAUUUAUGGGAAUAGUCUCGUGACUAUAUUCCCACCAAUAGCUUAGCUCUAUUUUCUGCAUAUAACUCGACACACAACCCACAAUGAUUUCCAGUGCAAUUUGAGAAUUAUCGCAAGUAAGGUUUUCAAAGCCUGUCCAAAUUGCACAAGCACCAGGGCGAGGGCGAGGGCAAUUUGUAGUCGUUAAAAAUUUACGAGUGGUAAUUUAUUCCAAAUUGCACGCGAAAUAUCAUGUGAUUACCAGAUAAAACAUACAAGCAAAAAUAUGACUCUGUUUCCCUUUUUAGUGUCUUUAUUUCGUGUCAAGGCUCGCCAAUUGUUACCAAAGUAGUUGAGCUUUUUUUUCAAUAAUUUGCUUUAAACUUUUUAAACCUCUCCAGAGAAUAAUUGAGCGUUUGUACCUUACCUCUGUUAUGUAUCGAUCGACAGCAGUAACCAUCACACGAAAGUUAUCACUCUCGCAAUCUCCCCCGUCUUUCGUGCAAAAUGUUGCGUAAAAUUCAUCGAUAAUUUUAUUGAGGGCCUCCGGUUUAUACUUUCAUAUUCGUUCUUGUAAGCCAGACUGGUAGCCAGUUUUUGUUCCUUUGUUGUGCGUUUUUAGUUUUAGCAUUCUCCCUCAAACUUUCAGUUAAAACGUUGCUACUUUCUUCAUUAUGUUUUGUUUUGCUUUCGCGGCUUACCUGUCAAUUAAUUUAACCUCAACUUUCUGCACUUAACUUCAACUUUCUACUCUGUUUGGAAUUAAUUGACGUGUUCUCAGCCAAUAAGCACGCUGAAAUUUUUGCAUGUGUAUUAUUAGCACGCAAAUCGACGUGCGAUGACGACUUACAAGUAAUUAUUGAAUCCCACAGAAAACUACGAAGAAUGUCUUAAUGAUGCAACAGUUGCCGUUCAAUUGGAACCCACUUUGGUCAAAGCGAUAAAGAAAGGUUCGUGUUUCAGUUAUGAGUCAAUUUAACCUCUUUUCUGAGAUUUCUUCCAAGGGAACUGUAUAGAUUAAGGCAGCUGAAUGUACCUCGGGUGUCAAUGAUAUCUAACGCAACAAUAUCUGCCACGUAGGUAAAAACUGUUUUCCAAACCAAGUCAAAACCUAUCGAAAGCUCAAACAUGAUUUAAAGCUGUUUUGUCAAACACGGUCUGAUUUUUGUUCUUCAUAGAAGCUCCACAAACCCCUUGUUUAUCGACUUAAAAUGUAACACAUUUGAAAUACAAGUUAGCGAUUAUUUAGAUGGAAAAUUCAGCUUUCCAGUUCUCUGUUUCUGAUUUUCAGUCAGAAAACCAUGUUUAACUAAACAUGUUUUGCUAGUGUGAAUGGGGUGUGAGUCGAUAUUCUAGAUACAUUUAGAUGUUACCUUGCGACGCUUAUUAUUACCUUCUCAGGAGCCAGUGCUUGUGUCGAGCUAUCCUUGCUUGAAGAGAUAAGGAGCUGGUUGCAGAUGGGAUUGGCCGUAUCCUUUGACGAGUGUUUCAAAUGUAAUGCGUAA